GGAUUGUUUAGAAAAUCGCUAUACAUGGGAAAGUUUUCACCUACUCAAAAAAAACCUGGCUACAUAAACUGUGGCAAUGUCAGAGCUGUUCGGCUCUCAGAUGCCGUUGAGAUGCACUGUUUCGUUCAAGUCACUAGGUUCUUCGCUCGUGAAUGUUCCUGCACAGUUACUAGAUGAUACAAAUGAUGCUGUUCAGAAGUGUUGUUUAAAACUAAAAAUCAUUGAUACGAAGAAUGUGCACUUUCUUGGACUGAGUGGGCUUUCUUCUUCUGAUACAACGGAUCAUCAGUGUAUUGAAAUUGAUCCAAUAUAUGCGAGCAGUUUGUCAAUUCAAGAAAGUGUUAAGGUUGAAGUUUCCAUCGAACGGGUGCAUAAAGCAGCAAAACAUGUAGUAUUUGAGCCAUUGACUUCCUCAGAUUGGGAAAUUAUUGAAUCAAAUUCGGAAUGGAUUGAAGCGAAAUUGCUCCAACAAGCUCGUGUUGUAUCAACAGAUAUAGUAACAAUAUUCUUUCCCUCAGGAUCAAUAGCACAAUUGCGCGUUCUCUCUAUUGAACCGCCCGUUGAAAAAUGUGCUUUAUUAGCAAACGAGACAGAGCUUUCUAUUGCUCCUAAAAAGCGAUCUACUACACAGGAAACGGAUAAAGCAGACUUGGUAUCUCUUCGUAUUGAUGCUAGAAAACGUACUAGCUCCUAUCCCGAAAAUUCAAAACACGCUAUUAUUCUUGGUAAUACGGUUUCAUGGAAAGCUGAUGCUGCAUUUUUUCAAACUUCAGAUAUGAUUGAACCCAUUAUGUGUCGGGUAUAUACGUCUAAUAAUUGUACCCCUGGACACGUUAAGGUAUAUACGGACAUUGCUGAGCAAUACAAACUGAAAACUGGCGAAUUUGCACGCCUUUGGCCGGCCACUCUUCCAAUGCCAGCUAAGUUUGUCUUGCAUCCGCUAUCUUCGUCUUCUGACAGUUUAUUGAGUACGGAAAAUAUCCAACUUGCCGCUCAAAAACUGCUCAAUUGUAUAUUAUACACCGGUAUGCGGGUAACUUUGAAGCUGUGUAAGAAGGAAGUACCGUUUUUCGUAGAAGGCCGAAAUGGUCUUCUAACCUCAACAAAUGAUAUCUCAUUGGGCUCUUCGAUGGACUUAUCUAAUAUUCCUGCUUUCCAGCGUCCGCCCUAUUUUAUGGAUGAGGAAAAAGUUUUCAAGGAUAUUAUUCAUUUGCUUAAGGAUAAUAACGAAUCGGUUCUCCUUUUCGGUCGGACAGGAACAGGAAAGACCGUGUUCUUAGAACAACUUGCAGAGCAAUUGAAACAUAACUCGUUACGCCAUGUUCAACAACUCGACUGUAAACCACUAGCUUUGGAAUCAUUUCAAUCUCUUGUCUCUGUAUGGCACAACAUGAUCCAAAUUGCUUCAAGCUGUCAACCGGCCGUGAUUCUGUUAGAUGAUUUUGGUUCUUUUUUUCCAACUUCUCCGGAUGAUUCGAAUUCUGCUGAGUCCAAUCUAACCAGUCAACGCAACUCCACACUCUUUUAUGAAAGCAUGCGCGAAGCAACCGAAAACAAUGAUAUAUUAUUCAUUGCAACAUGCGACGAAAACGUUCAAUUACCCAAGGAAUUUCAUAAUCUUCAUGUAUUUUCUCAAACUCUGUACCUAAAACGCCUUUCGAAUCAACAGAGACUUCGAUGGAUUCACAAUUUUGCGCACUAUUUCCACAUUAAACUUCCCGACAACAUCCAAUUUCUAGUCCAGCAAACCGAAAGCUUCGUUAUUUCGGAUAUUUUCCUGUUCCUAAAACGUAUUUCAGCCCUAGUAUGUUCGUCUAGUGAGUUUCCGGAAUCCGAAAAAACAAUUCCAAAGCCUGUUAUACUAGACGCGUUAAAGAAAUUUGCGCCAAGCGUUUUGGGCGACAUAAAACUCUCAAAACCUGACACUAAUUGGGAUGAUAUAGGAGGGAUGACUUCUGCAAAGCACUAUUUUAGGCAGAGUAUUGAAUGGCCGAUUCGAUACAAGAACCUUUUUCAUUCCUGUAGCAUUAAACAGCGAACGGGUGUUCUACUUUAUGGUUAUCCUGGUUGUGGAAAAACAUACCUGGCGUCUGCCAUACCGAGCUCUUUUCCCAUUCACUUUCUUAGCGUUAAGGGCCCAGAACUGUUGAACAAAUAUAUUGGUGCUUCUGAACAAGCUGUUCGUGACAUAUUCCGAAAGGCACAAGAUGCCAAACCAUGUGUGUUAUUUUUAGACGAAUUUGAAUCAAUAGCUCCUCGUCGUGGUAGUGACAAUACUGGAAUUACGGAUAGGAUUGUUAAUCAAUUUCUCACACAAAUGGAUGGAGCCGAGUCUUUGGACGAUGUCUUUAUUGUUGCAGCCACUAGUCGUCCAGAUUUAAUUGAUCCUGCCUUGUUACGUCCUGGUCGUCUCGAUAAGUCGAUAUUCUGCAAUCUACCAAAUGAAUUAGAAAGACUGGAUAUACUCCAACGAGCAUCCAAAAAAUUUAAUCUCGAGCAUCAAGACAUUCUUCUCACAUUAGCAAAGGAAACAGAAAAUUAUUCACCUGCGGACCUUGUUGCUAUAUUCUCUGAAGCUCAUCUGUUGUCCGUCCAUCAUUUCCUGAAGACCGAAACUAUCAAAAUGAAGAAAGCCAACACUCAAAAAAAUAACUCUACGAAUGACACACUUGACGAUAUUACGUCAAGUAAGCUAUGCCAUUUCCGACUUUUUGAAACCUCCAUUGCGACAGCUUCUCCGGCUGAUAAUAAUUUUGACCUGAGUGAACCAAAAACUACUGCUUCAUACAAGGCUCCAGGUAAGGUUUUAUUACUAACAGAGCACAUAAAAUGUGCUUUAAAUAAUUCUAAACCGAGUCUCUCGAAAUCUGAACGGGAUAUUUUGAAUGAUAUCUAUGCUAGAUUUGACAAACGCGACACAACAACAGUUAUAGAAAAGCAACGUGAAACUGUCGGGAAAAAACUCGUGUUACAGUAGUACUUAGCAGUAAUCCUUUGGUAAACACAAUAUUCUAGAUUAAUUUCCUUUCGUUCAAGACAAUCAUAGAGUAUGACUAAUCGCUGCAAUAACCGUGCAUUUUCCCUAUCACUUGGGUACCUGUUUCAGUGAACAAAAAUAUGCCGGAAA